AACACUUGCUCCAAAGUGUCAUGUCAGUUGUCGGUUCUGUAAUGUAAUCGAUUAUUUUUCACGUAAUUGUUUUUUAUUAUGAAGAUAUUAUAUACGUGAAACAAACUUUGAUUAUGGUCUUACUGCAUCGCCUGCACUAGUGAAAUCGGCGGACAAUUUUUUUGUGCAUUAGUUCUUUCGAGGCAGGUACAAUAUGGCACACAAGGAGGAGGAUGAGCCUUUUCAAGAAGAAGACGUUUAUAUCAACCCCGAAGAUGGUAUGCCUAAUGUUCACCCCAAUAUAGCUAAUUUAGAACAUGAAAGUGACUCACAGGACGAAGUCAACGAUUUGGACGACAUACCGAAGUCUGUUAUUGUCACAAACAUUCAUAGUGACGUUUUCGCAAACGCAAAACUAAAAGCCGAAUUGGAAGAUCUUUUCCGAACCUUUUCGGAGAACGUUACAUUUCAGUGGCUCCGCAGUUUUAAGCGGUUGCGUGUGAACUAUGACAGCCCAUUGGCGGCCGCUAACGCCCGUGUGCAACUACACCAGUAUCAGUUUUAUAACUCGUGUAUAAACUGUUAUUUCGCUCAGCCGGUGACGCCCAUUUCUUUUAAGAAUCUGAGGCCGCCCGCUCCCGUAAAGCAAUUUUUGAUUUCUCCGCCGUCGAGCCCGCCAGUGGGAUGGGAACCGCGAGAGGAGGGCGAGCCGCUGGUGAACCACGACCUGUUGGCGGCGCUGGCGACCCUGGCGCCGGGCGAGAGCCACGAGCUGCACGCGCCGACGCCAACACAGCCAGCCAUCGUUGUGCACACGGCCCUCGCCCCUGAGGGCGCCCCGCGCCCCUGCACUAUUCCCCACACCCGCUGUCCUAAUUAUUGAUAUAUUUUUUUAAUCUAAUUACUUUUCUAGUUCAUGUAGAAGUUUGAGUGCUUUUUAUUCAUUCACAAGCAACACUGGUCUCAUGAA